CGUGUUUCCUGUUGCCUGACCCCUGUGUGUUCUAGCACGUUCAGUAGUCAUGUCCUCUCCUUUAGAAUUACCGUUGGAAACUGCGCUUAGUGAAGCGAGAGAUGCAGAAACCGAAGAGGAGGAGGAAGAAGAUGAUGAUGACGAGUUAGAUGAAACUUUAUCAGAAAGACUGUGGGGCCUGACCGAAAUGUUCCCACAGAGCCUCCGAACUGUGGCAGGUGUAACCGUUGAUUAUUCUGUUUGUGCAGCCAAGAAGUUUUACAGUUUUUCUCGAUCUGCUCUAUGGAUAGGAACCACCUCAUUCAUGAUUCUGGUUUUGCCAGUAGUGUUUGAGACUGAGAAAUUGCAGAUGGAGCAGCAGCAACAACUACAACAGAGACAGAUACUCCUUGGACCGUCAACCGGAAUGUCAGGCCCUCUUCCCCCACUUCCAGGAAAAGCAUAAUUCAACAUUUUCCUAGUGCCUGAGAAUUCUAGUUUUUUCUUUUUUUCUUUUAUCAUGAUUGGAGAAAAGAACUGAAGACCAGUCUGAAUGACCACCUAUCACCUUCAGUUUUCUGUUUGGAAUGAUUUUCUUCAGUUUACCACUCUGGUCACUACACAACACUUUCAGUGGAAAAGGUGCGAGUAGAAGCAAUAUAAUACAAUGUCUUUUUUUGGGGGGCCCACACUUUUCUCACUGGGGGAGAUUCUUCUGCUGCGCUCCAAUAUACUUUAUUUUUCAUAUUGGGACUAUAUGGUAGUAGUUCAUCAAAUGGCAAAUCAUGAGGAUAGUGGACAUUUAUAGAAUCUUUUGCAGGUGCCUUCCAUCCAUGUAAGGAUUAAAUGUUUUAUCUUUUGUUUUGUUAAAGGAAAUCAAGGAAGCCAUUGCAAAGCAAGGUUUUCCUAGAUGGACAUUGUACAAAGCAGCACAUCAUGAAGGGUAUAAGUAGAGUUAAGUGUUACUAGCUAUAAAUAUGGAGCAGCAAGGGUAUGUCUGCGUACUUUGUGUGGCACUGGACAACCAUGCCCUACUGGCAGGAUUCAUCUGUUUGAUGAAAACAUUUUAGAUUACAUUCUAUGUUACUGGAUAUAUAUUGCUUCUGUACUGGAUGGCACAGUAUUGCUGUUGGUGAGAUCAUUCCAGUUCUUUAAUAUCAAACCACAUUUAACCAACCCCGUCUGGGUUUGUAAUUCCCAAAUAGAUUUGUUAAACUGACUUUUUUUUAUUUUUGUUUUCACAUAUUAAACUAAAAUGAUUGAAACUAAA